AUGAAGUAUAUGAUGAAGGAUGUGAUGAAAGAUUUUAUGAAGGAUGUGAUGAAGAAUAUGAUGAAGGAUGUGGUGAAGGCUAUGAUGAAGGAGAUGAAGGAUGUGAGGAAGGAGAUGAAGGAUGUGAUGAAGGAGAUGAUGAAGGAUGUGAGGAAGGAGAUGAAGGAUGGGAUGAAGGAGAUGAAGGAUGUGAGGAAGGAGAUGAUGAAGGAUGUGAGGAAGGAGAUGAAGGAUGUGAUGAAGGAGAUGAUGAAGGAUGUGAGGAAGGAGAUGAAGGAUGUGAGGAAGGAGAUGAAGGAUGUGAGGAAGGAGAUGAUGAAGGAUGUGAUGAAGGAGAUGAAGGAUGUGAGGAAGGAGAUGAAGGAUGUGAUGAAGGAGAUGAUGAAGGAUGUGAGGAAGGAGAUGAAGGAUGUGAUGAAGGAGAUGAUGAAGGAUGUGAGGAAGGAGAUGAAGGAUGUGAUGAAGGAGAUGAUGAAGGAUGUGAGGAAGGAGAUGAAGGAUGUGAUGAAGGAGAUGAUGGAGGAUGUGCGGACGUAA